CGACACGACACCUCGCGUGGAAUGGGUCAAUAUUCAAGGCUUUGCCGAGAUCUAAGCUACCUGAAAUCACUCGAAGAAGAGGAUAGAAUCCGCUUCCUUCGAACGGCGAGCCCCUUCGCGACAACUAACUGGGUUGGACUUCAACAGGCAAUUUCGAGAUCGCGCCAAGGUAUGCCGGUAGAUGAAGACGGCGAAACAGACGAGAUCGAGAUGGCCAUAUCAAAUGAUAUCAAGAAUCUGAAUUUCGGAGAAGUCGUGGAGAACGGCGUUGAUGACGAUCACGACGAGGACCCCGAGUGCGAGCCCGGAAUGAAAACGGGGUUGAAAAACCUAUACGCUGGCCAAGAGGAUCGCAAAGGCCGGUAUCAAUGGUUUUCAACCAUGCCAAAGAACAUGAAUGGCCCUCCAGAGAACAAGACAACGGCAAAAUGGGCUCUACUUGUACGCCAUAUUAAAGUCUACAAUGACCCUACCAGGAAUCUUGCCAUCCACUCGAUUGUGAUCCAGAGCCCACUGCUUAAAAACCUCCUGGCCGGAGUAUUGAAAGGAUAUCCUGGUGUCACUGUCGGUCUCAGUCGUCUGGAGUUUUCCGCAAAAUUCGAGCCCUUGAUUCAUCGAUGGUCUGAGCUACAGGCAGCCGUGUCUGCACUUGGUGCUAACACCGAUACGGAGCGGACCACCAAACAGCAUGCCAAACUCUUGCAAAAAGUUCUAGUGGACGAGUUCGAGACAUUGAUCGACACUACUCAGGAUAUGAAGAACAAGGGGGUCAUGACCUACGGAAAUCUAUGGACACUUUAUCAACCUGGAUCCAUCGUCUUCUCGAGAACAGACGGCCAAGAAACUGCCUUGGUAGUGCAGAACACCAAAUAUGGAAUGGACCCGAAAAAUAACCCCUGUUUCUGGAUUCGCACCAGGUACGUGGACUGGGACGGCGCCAAGUUUGGCACUCAAGGCAUGAAUAUAUCCAUCUAUCCCUACGUCGGAACUAGCAAAGUAUCUCACCUUCGAGCAUUCCCUAUCGAAUUCCACCCCGAUGCCACAGCCUUGAAAGAUCGUCUCAUUCAACGUGGUGCUAAAGUUGAAGCUCUUGCUGGGCCCAAUUACCGUGCCUAUGAGGGCGUCGGCUGGCGUUUCAACAUGAACACUGGUGCAAAGGAUAAAUACAAUGUCAAAGGACGAGUUGUGAUUGAUACCUACGGCUGGAAUCGAUUCAACCCUAGCAGUGCUAUCUUCGUGAUACCCUUACCCCACAAAGACGAUACUACAGAAGCUACGGAGGAUGACCUCGCCGAAGGAGAUGAUGCGGAGGUGGAUGACAGUGGUAUUCCGGAGGGUGGGCAUUUUGCGGACGAAAAUGAUAUUGCUCGACUUCCAACGUUGACUACUGAACAAAAGCUCGUCUGCAGCCCUCUUCUCCGUGGCUACAGUCUUAAAACCAAGAUGUGGCUGAACUUGUUUGUCAACUCUGUACAGGACAUCGAGUGGCAGACAAACGCUUUCGAUCGCUUAGUUCUACCAAAUAAUCAGAAAGAGCUCAUCCUUGGUUUCACGGAGUCGCAACAAAAGUAUCGUAACUCAUUUGACGACGUAAUCGAAGGCAAAGGCCGUGGAAUGAUCAUAUUGCUAUGCGGACCGCCUGGUGUUGGCAAAACACUCACUGCGGAAUCCGUUGCAGAGGAGAUGAAAGUCCCUCUCUUCAUGAUGUCGGCUGGAGAUCUAGGAGUUGACCCCAGCCACGUGGAGAGUAAGCUUCAAAAUAUACUCGAGAUGUGCACGCGAUGGCACAGCGUACUCCUCCUUGACGAGGCAGACGUCUUCCUAGAGCAACGGUCGCUUCAUGAGCUCGAGCGCAACAAGCUCGUUUCCAUCUUCCUCCGGGUCAUGGAAUACUUUGAAGGUACAAUGUUCCUUACUACCAACCGCGUCAACACGUUCGAUCCUGCAUUCCAAUCCCGCAUUCACAUAUCGCUCGACUAUCCAGAGCUUUCUGUCAAAUCUCGUCGUACCGUGUGGAAAAACUUCCUCGAAAACUCUUCUCAGGAACACACCGUCACCAAGGCCGAGCUGGAUGAGCUAGCCCGGAUGAACGUCAACGGCCGUCAAAUCAAGAAUAUUCUCAAGAUCGCUCGACUUUUGGCCACCGGAAAAGAGGCGAAGCUCAGCCAUGAUCACAUUGUCACCACGCUAGAGGUAACACAGCAUCUGCAUAACGAGACGCAGCUCUCGGAGCGCGCCAAGGGUAGCUUGUACGGUUAG